AUGACUUCCUUCUACGACCUUAAACCACUAGACGCCAAGAAACAGCCUUACGAUUUUUCCCAGCUCAAGGGCAAGGUUGUUUUGAUCGUCAACGUCGCGUCCAAGUGCGGCUUCACCAAGCAGUACGCUGAUCUGGAGGCUCUGUACAAAAAGUACAACGCCAAGGGCCUCGAAAUCAUCGGCUUCCCCUGCAACCAGUUCGGCGGCCAGGAGCCCGGCUCUGCCGACGAAAUUGCCUCCUUCUGCUCGCUCAAUUACGGCGUCUCGUUCCCGGUCCUCGACAAAAUCGAGGUCAACGGAAACAACGCUGAUCCCGUCUACGUGUGGCUCAAGAGCCAAAAGUCCGGCUUCCUGGGCUUUUCGGGCAUCAAGUGGAACUUUGAAAAGUUCCUCGUCGAUGCCAAUGGCCACGUCGUCAACCGCUGGGGCUCCAUCACCAACCCCAGCAAGCUCGAGGGCGAUAUCGAAAGGGCCCUCAAGGACGUCAAGGCUUAG